UGUUUCUCUCUCUAUAUAUUAUUUCCCAAUCCACCAUUUUCUAUCUUUCUGGAAUCCUCUCUGUCCGAACGCGUUCUCUCUCUUUCUCUUCCCGUCCCCCUCUCUUGCACUAAAUCCAAUCUUCCUCCAGCGAGGAAUUGAGGACGCAGCAGAAAUCUCCUUCGAUUGUAUCGAUCCGUAGGAGAGGACUUGAGGUUGAUAAGAUGUCUCCUGGACUCAGGUCUAAGCCUAAAGACAAAAAGAUGGUUGCAAAGGACAAUUCGAAAGCUUCUUCAAAACCCGCAGGUCCAACCAUCACAGCUAGUGGCGUCCCGGCUAGUGGUUACAAUCCUCUCUCGGGAACAUUUCAUACAUUUGAGACAGCACCGAUGCCUUCAGUCAGCCAAGUUCAUGGGAAUGGUCGUUUUCAGAACAUAGAUGAUGCAGAUGAUCCUAAUGGGAAUACACCUAGUGCUGGAGUUGAAUGUGACUCUGUAUCAAAUAAUGACAGCUGGUCUGGUGAAUCGGAGGACCACAAGGAGAAGGCCCCUCAGCCCCAGCCGCGCCCAGAGUUGGUGGUGCCUGGAGCUGACAAUGACAAACGGGAGAAAAUAAGGUUGAAGAACGAGAGGAAGCACCAACGCCAGAAGGAGAGACGAGCUCAAGAAUUGCAUGAGCGGUGCAGUGGCUAUCUGAUGUCAAGGAAGCUGGAAGCAUUAGCUCAGCAGCUUGUGGCAAUGGGUUUCUCUCAGGAACGUGCAACGAUGGCUCUAAUUCUGAACGAAGGUAGAGUUGAGGAGUCAGUGGCGUGGCUUUUCGAAGUCAGUGAAGAAGACAAGCAGGCCGAACAGAAUAUUGACAGCAGUGGAAAUUUGAAAAUAGACAUAUCUGAAGAACUCGCCCGCAUUACAGAGAUGGAGUUUACGUACAAGGCUUCCAAACAAGAGGUGGAAAGGGCCAUAGUUUCGUGCGAGGGUGAUCUAGAUAAGGCUGAAGAAAUGGUAAAAUCUCAGAAAGAGGAGCCUCCAAAGCCUGAAGAAACCGGAGAUCCUCCUUCUGUUGUGAAUCCCAAGCCACCGAUGGUCAUUCAGAACCAAGUAAGAGUACAACCCAAAUCCAAUCCAUCUACUGUCAUGCAACAGAAAACAGACGAAAAAGACUUCAACUACACCAGAGGUCCGGCGAAUGUAGGCCCUACUAUGAACCACAGGACAAAACCUGUCCAAGGGUUGAACAAGGUAGCACCGAAAAUCGAUUGGGUCAAACCGCAGCAGAUUAUGCUGGCUGAAAAAAGAUGGGCUGCAGGUCCGAAUCCGUCUCCACCCUUCCCAUCAGGACCACCUGUGCAGCCGUCGUUUCCCCCAGCCAAGACCGAAGCCCACAAUGUAGCUGUUGGAAACGAGUUAAAGAAUCUGAAGCUUGGAUCGAUGAAAGAACCUGUGACAGUCAUGCAAAGACCUCAGGCUGUCAGCGUAAAGCAGGCCUCUCCCGGAACAAACCUCAGCACUUCUCCUCCUCGAAUGACUAUGGGUUGGUAUCCUAAUUCAGUCGAAAUAGUGAAGCCCCCGGCGACUGCAUCACCUGCUGCUAUAUCAAGAAGCCUCAGUCCUAACAGCGUCUGCUCGAAUCUGGUCUACAAGGAGAAUUAUUACCAGUUGCAGCAGCAAUUCAUGCCCAGCAAUACGUCGGCGGCAGAUGCCUUCUCAGCAACCGCCCGAGGAAACGGUAUGCGGGGCCGAGUGGGUCCAUCUCCAGCUCUAGCUCCACCGGCGUCGCUCGGGCUGUACUCCGGAAUCGGUGCCAACAACCCAUCUGGUUCAUCUUCUCUAGCCGACUGGACAAUGGAUAAGACGACGCCACAAUUCGACUACACAAGCAUCGACUGGAGUGUCGGCACUCGGACAUUGUUUCCGAGGGCCAAAGAUAUGAGCAAUGGAUUCCGGGGCGGUUCGAACUACUCGAGGCUAAAUAGUGCGACCGGUCCCUUCGCAUUUGGUUUGGGCAUGAAGACGAACGUGAGGCCGGCGGCGGUCCUGUCCUCCAACGCCACCAGCGGCACCGCGGCAAUUCCGAUUCCAGGUCUGCAGGACAGCGGGAACGGUGGCAGCGGCGGUUCCGGCGACCCGACGACGACGGCGGCGGAUGGUGGGUCCCGGGAUUGGACGUCUCCGUUCGAGGAGAAUGACCUCUUCACUAUCCCGAGACUGUUCGUUUCGUCCCCUUCUUUAUAAGGUGGUGAAUUAGUGAGAUACCAUUUUAACAAUAAUGAAAAAUCAAGAUAGAAAGAAGAUCAGACAGUCACAGAGAGGGAAAAAACAGACUGCAAAAUGUACUGUGCUUGCUUGCUUGCAUUUGGUGUUUGGUGGUUUCUUUGAUGCUUGAUGCUUGAUGAUGAUGAUGUUUGUUAUAUUCUUAAA